CACCUCUCAACCAAAAAAAAAAGGAAAAAGAAAGCAUGGACAGUAUUCUCGACACUCAGCGAAGACUCCAUGAGGAGAUCGACCGCCUAGAGCAGGCCAUUGUCGAUCAGUUCAUGCUCAAUCCCAAGACUCAUAAAGAGCGUUUGCUUCAGGAGCAUACAGUAGAUGGCUAUUUGGAUCGGAUCAGCGCAAGGAGCAGAGAUCUACAGAUUAUUUACAAGGACGAAGACGGGAAUCGAAAAAAGGAAAUGGACGCUAUUUCAGGUGCCAAUGAGUUUGGAGAGUUUUAUGAUCGCUUAAAGAAAAUCAAGGAUUAUCAUCGGAAAUACCCUAAUGAAGCAGUGGAGCCGAUGGAACUUGAGUUUUUGGAUCAACAACCAACAGAAGCCAAGCUGGAUGCUCUAGAUGAGAUGUUCUCGGGAGAGGAAGCAGUAGGACGAUAUUUGGACCUUCAUGAGGUUCAUGAUAUCUUCUUGAAUCUCAAGAGUAUGAAACGGACCCAUUAUCUGGGAUAUCUCUCCGAGUUUACAUUAUUCCAUGAGAUUGAUCGGAAAGAUAAGGACGCUGAAUACCACAAAUAUUUGGAUGCACUAUGCAGGUAUAUGGAAGACUUUUUGAAGCGCGUAAAGCCUUUAACGAAUAUGGAGGAAAUUAAGGCAGAUGUACGGAAAGAUUUUGAAACAAAAUGGAAAGAGGGCUCAUUGCCUGGAUGGCCCAAGAAGGCAAAAGAAGGCGAAGGAGAGAACUUGCCACCGACGGACCUAUUUUGUGUGGCGUGUAAGAAACAAUAUGCUAAAGACACAGUGUACGAAGCACAUUUGAAGAGUACAAAACAUAUCAAGGCAGCAGCACGAUUAGCUGCUGAGAAGACUGGGAAUGGAUCAACAAAAGCAAAGGGUGGUAGUGGGGAUGGUGAUGCUGCUGCUUCAGGAGAUGCUGUUUCUUCAACAAGCAUUGCAAACACAGAUGAAGAAAGUGUCGCGGCGGUGCAAUCAAGAGUACUGGCAGAGAAGGCGAAGCCAGAAAAGGACAUGGCAUUUACAGAAUUGUUGAUUCAAAAGUAUGCAGAGAUUUUGAAGCAGCAGAUCGAGGAUACCAAGGAAAAUGUGGAACGUCGGCAGACUUUGACAGGCCGCGAGCGUGACCUCGAAUUAGAGGCAGAGCAGGUGGAACUGGAUGAAUCCGACUCUGACGACGACGAAAAGGUGUACAACCCAUUGAAGUUACCACUGGGAUGGGAUGGCAAGCCCAUUCCAUAUUGGCUUUAUAAGUUGCAUGGAUUAGGCGUUGAGUACUCAUGCGAGAUCUGUGGAAACUAUGUAUACAAAGGGCGCAAGGCCUUUGAUAAACAUUUCCAAGAAUGGCGCCAUGCACAUGGCAUGCGGUGUCUUGGUAUCCCUAAUACAAGACAAUUCCAUGAAAUUGUCGGUAUUGAGGAUGCACUUGCAUUAUGGAACAAGAUCAAGAAAUCGAAACCAGAGGGUGCAAAGAGGGAUCAAGUGGAGGAGUUUGAGGAUAGUGAAGGAAAUGUGUUUAAUAAGAAGACAUACGAGGAUCUUAAGCGCCAGGGUCUCAUUUGAGCAGAGAAUGACUAAAUAUCUUGUAUUCGCAGUCUUAAUAAAACACGAGUUGAUAGAAAC